AUGGCCGCCGACGAGGACCUGAAAGCGGGGCACUUCCAGACGCUGACGAUCGAAUCCCCCCACCGCAUCAUCAUCACCGACACGCUGUACGGCACGCACGAGAUCACCGAGCCCGUCCUCCUUGACCUCCUGCAGAGCCCGGACCUCCAACGUCUGAUCGGCAUCUGCCAGCACGGCGUCACCGGCCACCUGGGCUUACUCCCGGGCGCCGUCAAGAUCACGCGCUUCGAGCACUCGGUAGGCGCCUGCCUGCUCGUGCGGACCCAGGGCGCCACGCUGGAAGAGCAGGUGGCCGCGCUCCUCCACGACAUCAGCCACACGGUGCUCAGCCACGUCGUCGACUGGGCGCUGUCCAACCCACAGGAGGAGAGCUUCCACGAGGUGCACAAGGCGCGCUACCUGCAGACGACGGGUAUCCCGGCCAUCCUGGCGCGGCACGGCAUGCCGCUGACCGUGCUGCACGAGGAGCAGUACCCGCUGGUCGAGCUGCCGGCGCCGCAUCUCUGCGCGGACCGCCUGGACUACGCGCUCCGCGACGGCCUCGCCUUCGGGAAGCUGACCCAGGACCGCGUGCGCGAGCUGCUGCGCUGUCUGCGCGCCUUCCCUUACCCGACCGCGCGCAACCGCAUCCUGGUGCUGGAGCAUCGCCGCGUCGCGCUCGGCUUCGCCCGCGCUUACCUCCAGAUCGACCAGGAGGUGUGGUCCAACCCCGCCCACGCCGACAUGUACAAGCGCACCGGCCGGUUGAUUGGGGAUCUGGUGCGCCAGGGCAAGAUGCCUGAGGAGGUGCUCUGGACGCUCACGGAUGAGGAGUUCUGGGCCCUGUUGCUGCGGCUGGCGGACGCGGAGGGGGUGGCGAUGUUGAAGCACUUCGAGCGAGAUGGGCUGGCGGAGGAACUGGGUCUGCCUCUGCCCAAGAAUGCGAAGAUCAGGACGGUCGAUCCGGACGUCUGGGAGAAUGAGUACAUCCCCACGCCUCUGUCGCAGUUGAGUCCCGAGUGGGCGGCGGAGCGUCAGGCCUACAUUGCUCGUCGCGAGGCGACACGUGCAUUGGACUAG